AUGCGGAGUCCGGCGAGUCGUCGCCGCGGGUCGCGUGAUGUGGACUUUGAAAAUCCUCAACCGUGGGAGGAUCAUCAGACGUCGGCGAGUGCAACGAACAACUAUAAAGUCAAGGUGAUGUGCAGCUAUGGAGGUAAGAUUCUUCCUAGGCCUCAUGAUAACCAGUUGUCUUACGUCGGUGGAGAGACGAAGAUCUUAGCUGUUGAUCGUUUAGUGAAAUUUGGAGCUGUAAUGGCGAAGUUAACGCAGUUGUGUGAACAUGGAGAGGUGUGUUUAAAGUACCAGUUGCCAGGUGAAGAUCUUGACGCGUUGAUCACUGUUACCAAUGACGAUGAUCUUGAACAUAUGAUGCAUGAGUAUGAUAGGUUGAACAGAGGUUCGUCUACUCCGGCGAGAUUGAGGCUUUUUCUGUUUCCUGUUAGUGGUCAAAGUCCGGCGCUGACUCCGAAUCAUAGUUUCGGUUCGACUGAUCAGGGGAGAUCGGAACGGGAACGGUUUAUGGAUGCUUUGAAUUCUGGUCAUCUUCAGCCCAGUACGCCACCGUCGGUGCCACAGCCACCGCCUCAUGGUAAUAUCAAUAUGGAACUCAUGUUCAGUUCCGAAAUGCCACCGCCGCCACCUGUAGCGGCGUCAAGAACUCAGCAGGUUCAUCAACAGGAGCAAGAAUUUGUGGUUCAAGAUGAACGUCGGAUGGAAUCCGAUCAGAUCCAGAAACAUAUCCACGAUCUACAAAGAUUGCGAAUUGCAGAAGAGCAACAACCGGGUCUUUACCGGAAACCAAGCGAUGACAAUCUCGCCGGCGCCGGUUACGGAGACUACUACGUCCAGAAAAUGACAGAAAAGGUCGCUCCGGCGACACAACCGGGAACUGCACCAUCUCCGGCGACUGGAUACCAAAUCUCCGGCGGAUUUCCAGCAUCAACGAUUUCACAAGAUCAACAACCCGUUUACAUGAUUCAAACUCCGGCGGGUAUGUUUCACGCGCCGCCUCCGGUCAAUCAUGGGCAAGGUUAUUACGUCCAGAGGAUGCCAACUGACGUGUAUCGAGAUCAACCGAUGUAUAAUGUUAUGCCACCAGUACAACAGGUGGCGACUCAACAAACCACCGUGUCGACACAGGCACAGCAGCAGUUUCUACCACAGAAAGUAGCCACGUAUACAGAAGGCUACCGGAUGGUCCAAUCAACCACCGCCGGGACAGAUCAUGGUUAUACUCCGGUGGGGUAUGAGAACGGGACUGGGAGGCAGAUUUACUACACCAACCAGGGCACGGUGGUCGGACAACAGCAACAAGCCCAACAACCACAACAGACAUUGCAACCAACUGCACAACAGUAUCAAGGAAUGGUGGCGUUAAAUCAAGAGGGUGGUGCUAAGGUUGCUCCGGUGAAUAUGAAAGAAUUUAUAUAA